AUAUCUGAGUUUUAAUACGGCUAAUAAAAAGAAAGAUUUGUUUCUUAUUUUUUAUCCCUUCUACCCUCUCCUCGAAUAGGGUUUUCCAAAAACACCACUCCUCCCUCUCUGAAUAUCACAGCCGCAGUCGAUUAUCUUCUAGCUCAAAAAUUCGUCGACAUUCAAAAGAGAGGGAGAAUUAUGGGAGUAGAAUCAGAAAACAACAAGAUGGAUGAUGCUGAUUUUUAUUUUACUGAUUCUGAUUUAGUUUCUCAUGUUCGUGAAGCUCUCAAGUCCGCUUACUCGGAUCAAAGUGAUAUAUACAGCGAACUCGUAGGUUUGUUGCAUUACAAUGAUCAUCUGAAGCCUGAUGAAGUAGCCCUGCUAGUGACAAGCUUGAAGGCUUUAUCUGGAGCAGUUUCAUUCAUAGACAGUGAACACCAUGGGAGUCUUCUGGAAACUAUCUUUAAUAUGAGCUUGUGGAGCUAUGGUUCUGAUGUCAUGGAUGCUUUGAUUGAACUCAUUAUAUCCCUGGCUGUUUCAAGUGGUAAAUAUCUUCACCCAUGCUUGGAUAUGCUUGUAUGUAACUUCACUCCUCCUAGGAAAUUUGUUGAAGCGCUGAAGUUGCCAUAUGGCGUUGCGAAGAAGGAGAAAGUCUUGGUCAGAGUGCAUUCUGCUUUGGUAUGUAUUACAGGCUUGGUCCCACUGGCCCCAAUGAGCUUAUGGAUGAUUGUUCAACAGAGAACGCCAAAAGUUCUUCAAAAUGUUCAAGGACCUGUCGUAUCGAUGUUUGUGGAAAAUAUGUUCAUGUUGGAAAGCGGUGCAAUUGGGGAACUUAUUGGCAAUAGAGUGCUAAUCUGUGCUGUGGUGGACCUGCUGAUUGAUUUUGACCUGGCAAUUGGAUGGGAUGAUAUUUUAGAGGAGAACCCUCAUAAAGGCAUUUUUGAAUUGGAAUUAGAAGAUGAACAAAUACUUGAUGAUGAUGAUGGAGGUGAGUUUUCUAGAGAAUCCUCUGGUCAUAAGCGUUUAUGGAAAGAUCAUGUAUAUGACAAAUUAGAGAAAUUGGAUAGCCUUAUGGUUCUUACAUUUGAAUAUUUAAAAUCUUGCAAAGAGAAAGGCCGUUUGGCUGAGGUAUUUGAAUCACUCAUGCAUUCAUUUACGAUUACAGUGUUGUCUGCUUACAAGUCCAAAUUCGCACAGUUUGUGAUUUUCUAUGCUUGUGCUUUGGAUCCUGAAGGUUGUGGCGUAAGAUUUGCUGAAAUUCUUGCUGAUAUGUUUGUUUGCACGGGCUUCCCCUCAAUUACGAGGAAGAGUGCUGUUGCUUAUCUAGGUAGUUACAUGUCUCGUGGGAAGUUCUUAAAAACAUCUCUCGUUGUGAAUAUUCUUGGAAGACUUGUCAAGUGGUGCUUAGAUUAUGGCAAUCUUCAAAAAGAGAAAUUGGAUCCAAAAGCUCAUGAUGUAUUUUAUGCCGGAUGUCAGGCAGUCAUGUAUGUUCUUUGUUUCCGUUUGAAGUCUAUCAUCGAAACUGAUCUGACAUCGCAAAUUACUGUGCCCCUGAAAAAGCUUUUGAUGAAUCACCUUGAUCCAUUGAAGGUGUGCUUGCCAUCUAUUGUAGAAGAAUUUUUGCAACAAGCAAAUGAAACUCAUUUACUUCACGAAAGUGGAGUUUUCACCUUCCAUGAUAUGCUGGAGUCAGAAUAUUCCAAAGCUUAUGGUGGUAUUGAAAGGACCGACAUAUUCUUCCCAUUUGACCCGUGUUUAUUGCGGAAAAGUGACAGUUUCAUUCGCCCAAAUUUUGUAUAUUGGUCUAUGGUUCAGAAAACAUAUGAGGAGGAGGAUGCCAGCAGCGAUGAGGAUGAGGAUGUUGAUGUUUUCUACCCAGAUAUGGAUAUGACAGCAUCCCGGGAUGAAGAGAUUGCAGAAGCCUUAAAUGAUGAUCUUGAUAUAAAUGAUACAUUAACCAAAAUGUCUAUUACACCUAAAGAGUCUUUACUUAAAAAGAGAUUUGAUAAUAAAUCACAAAGACCCAUGCAAAUGCCGUCAAAACUUAGACCCUCUAUGAGCCCUGAAUAAUGCACCUCCUUUAUUCAUCGAACACAAGAAACCAGUAACUAGCCGCUGUGUGAUAUGCUGUACGUCGUGCGUGUUGCAACUUUUCUGUUGGAAGAAGGUUCUUCCCAUUAUCCACAUGCUGAGAGGCGGAAUCUUAUUGAAACAGCAUAAACAUUGCGGUGCCGGCAUAUCUUGUUGCGAUUCUCCACAAGUUUUGUUUGCUCUGUGUGAUCUCUUCAAUUCUAAAUUGUAUUUGAUGGUUAGUUCAGCUAAAUUUGUUAUAUCCAAUAUUUUUGAUGCCAAGGUUUGAAACUAGUUAGUUUAGGCUUUUCUUGGUCAAAAAUUGUAAUUUAUAUAUGAAUGAUAAACUCUUCAAAAUCCAACUAUUUAGCGGAAGCGAAAUGAAUUUAUAUUUAUUUUGAUGGAAAA